GAAAAAAAUAUUAACCACAUUUUUUCAAAGUCUUUAAAACUGCUGUAUCAGUUGUCCAAUAUGUUGAAGAUUAUUUUACUUUUUAUGGCAUAUUUGGCCCUCGCUACGGGAAUGAAAGUCAACCUAACCAGAUACAUGUUCUACAUAAAUAAGAAGGGAGCUGAAAACACAUACCUUAGAGCAGAAGAUAUUAAGAAGGAAAACGUUUCAGAUACAGAGGAUAUUACCUUGACUUGGAGAAACGAGUAUGCUAAGUGGAAGGAAGAUAGGCUGAAGAUGGAUCUUUACAUACACUAUGGGACGAAACAUCCAUCACAAAUUACACGUUUUAAAAUAUGCGAUGAAAAUCAUUCCAGAGGCAUCGAUGGUUUGGCAGGACAUUGGUUUGAUCUUUUUGUAGCUAACUACAAAAAAGAUAGUAGGUGCCCUAUUCCAAACGAAAGUAAGGCAGUCAAUCCAGGGCAUCUCCUGUACUCAAGGAGUAUUACAACUGGGAUUUAUUGUAACGAUCCUGCUACUGUACAUUUGUUAAUAUAUGAGAAUAUGCUUCGUUUGAGCGAUUAUGGACGACAAUAUGACGAUCAACAUAAAAUUUUUGAAGUAGCUUAUACAGGGAUUUUCACAGAAUGUGGUUAAUACAAGAACAAAAAAAAAGUUUUUAAAAUGAAGUAUUUGGUCUAAACUCACCACAUUCCUGUGAAUCUAGGCUCGGCCUUUUUUAAACAUGUCACUUACUGUAAAAGUAAAUUUGAAUAAAGGUUUGUACAACUUACAAAAA